AUGGCAUUUCGAGGCAUAGACCAUGUCCAUGGUGCUGGGAGGUGUGGAGGGGGCAGGGCAGCCAGGGUGGGCCUCGACUCUAAGCCCUGGUGGUGUUUUGGCAGCGAGUUGGGCCGCAUAUCUGAUGAGACAAUGGACAUCGUCAAAAGCGCCUUCUCAGCCAUGGUGGUGGGCUUGAUCUACGGUGGCAUGCCUGCCUUUUGGCAGGCCAAGCAGCAGUUUGUGGAGCGCACCCAAGGGGAUAUCUUCUACAGCCGCCUGGAUGCCGUGCAAUCAGCACAGACUGCUGGACUCAGGGGUUUCAUCCGGUAUGGCUGGCGCUGGAGCUGGAGAAUUACUGCAUUUGUGACAAUAUUCCAGACAGCAAGCACCGGCCUGUCUUUGUACUAUGAUAAAGUCAGCUUCAGUCAUUAUGUUGCAGCAGGAGCCCUUACAGGAGGCCUGUUCAGAAUUCAUGUGGGCCUGCGUGGCCUUGCAGUGGGCAGCAUCUUUGGGGCACUGUUAAGCAUCCCUGCAGGAGGACUAAUGGUCGGAAUGCAGAAGCUGUCUCCAGAAACCAUGGUGGAAAGACGGAAGAGGAAGCAAAGGGAGCUGUAUGAGCAGAAGGCAGCAGAGUGGAAAGCCAGGCUUAAUUCAGUGGAAAUUGCCUUGGAAGAAAUGGAAAGGGAUAAUGAGAGAGGCAUGGAGGAAGAUGCCAAGAGGAUUCAACAAUUGCUUAAUCUGCCUGAGAACUCUCUGCCAUCAGAAGAUAAGAAUUAAUUCAAUUCUGGAUGUAGACCUCUGACAUCUUCACUGAAAGGCUGGCAUGAAUCAGUGUGUCCCUUCUGCUUUUGACAGCCACAAAUGAUGACCAUGAAUCUUGGCACAGAGAAUGUUAGAGAGCCUGGGGAAAUAGAAACGCCAGCUCCCAAUGAUGGCUAAUGUACACAACUGGGAGAGGAGUAGGACAAUAUGAGGGCAUAUUGUCCCACCCCCACCUGGAGCAGCGCAGCAGGGGCAAGAGUGGGAUGGGGAGCCACUGCUGGAGGUGAGGGGAGCUAAGCAGCACUCAGCUGGCUGCAGCCACGCCAGGAACAGUCCCAACAGAAGCUGAAUGUGCUGGCAAGGCCAGGGCUGGUGGAACUUCCUGCUUCCCAUGCCUCCAGCUGCGGCUCCUGCUCCUGCUUCUGCUGUGCUGCUCCAUGCGGGCAAGUGGGAAGAAAGCUUCAGCCGGGUGGCUCCUGCCCCAGUGUGUGGGGCUCUGACUCCAGCUUCCAUCUGUUCCACCCACCCACCGGUGGCUGCUCCUCACCAGGGAUCCUGCUUUUC